UACACUCGCACAGAUUCUCGCUGAAUGCUACGGCAGCAGUCGGCGACGCAGUUUCAAAAAUUAUCAUCCAGAGUUCUUCAGGGUUCGCGAGGUAUAUCUGCGGAUUUUGAUUGUCUGGACAGCUCCCUUGUCAUCUUUUUGUGAGAAAAUGGCCGUUGAGAAGAAGGAGAAAGCGGAUCCCGAGAAACAUCCCAUGCGCGAACUGCGCAUUCAGAAACUCUGCAUUAAUAUCUGUGUGGGUGAAUCUGGUGACAGGUUGACUCGUGCCGCCAAAGUGCUGGAGCAGCUCACCGGCCAGACCCCAGUUUUCUCAAAAGCGAGAUUUACGGUUCGAUCGUUUGGCAUUCGACGUAACGAAAAGAUCGCCGUGCAUGUGACAGUACGUGGUCCCAAAGCGGAGGAAAUCUUGGAUAAAGGUUUAAAGGUGCGAGAAUACGAACUUCGCGAAGGAUGCUUCUCAGAAACCGGAAACUUCGGUUUCGGUAUCCAAGAACACAUUGAUCUUGGAAUCAAAUAUGAUCCGAACAUUGGUAUCUACGGUAUGGAUUUUUACGUGGUAUUGGGACGACCUGGUUAUUCCAUUGUUGAUCGACGACGACGAACGGGCAUAAUCGGACGGAAACACCGCGUCACCCGCAAAGAAAGCAUGAAGUGGUUCCAACAAAAGUAUGAAGGUAUAAUCCUGCCAGGAAAAGGAGAAAAGAAACAUUAAAAAGCUUUUUUGUGUUAUUUUCUGUCUUUUUCCUCGGAUGAAAAUUGGGAAGGAACCUGUAGGAUCACGUGAAAUGCCACCUAUUCGAAAUAAAAUUGAACAUCAUGG